AUGUAUCGUGCGGCACUGGGGAUAUCAGCCAUUGGAGUGUUGCUUGUGCAACACAUUAUCAAGAAACAGUAUCUCAAGAGGCAGAAGCGACGAAUAACGAGAAACCGCACUAAAUGGGUGAAAUCGUGGAUACUGCAGCGAGAGGCUCAUGGGGCUUUCCCGAACCUGUGUCGAGAGCUGGAGUUACAUGAAAAGCCAGAUUUCCGAAAUUUUGCUCAGCUUUUUCCUGUUCAGUUCCACAUGUUGGAGGAACUCCUCACUCCAAUCAUCCAGAGGGAAAACACGAACUACCGGGAUUGCAUCUCCGUGGGGACACGUUUGAUGGUUACGCUGCGAUUUUUGGCAACAGGGGAAAGCUUCAGGAGCCUUUCCUACCAGUUCCGAGUGGGAGUGUCAACCAUCCGGCAAUUCGUUCCAGAGACCUGUACAGCCAUCUACGAGGUUUUAAAAGAGAAAUACCUGAAGUGCCCAGACACAGUGGAAGAGUGGCAGCAAGUAGCUGAUGGAUUCCAGGCUCAGUGGAACUUCCCAAACUGCCUAGGUGCCCUGGAUGGGAAACACAUCAACAUCCGCCCCCCUCCAAGAACUGGAUCAACCUACUACAACUACAAACAUACAUUUUCCAUUGUGCUAAUGGCACUGGUCGACAGCAACUAUAAGUUCUUGUAUGUCGAUGUAGGUUGUAAUGGGAGGAUUUCAGAUGGUGGUGUGUUUGGUGGAUGCUCACUGCAGGAUGCCUUGGAGAAUAGGACAUGCAACAUCCCUGCACCUGCACCACUUCCUGCUUCUGACGAGGCGGUUUGUUACCACAUUGUGGCAGAUGAGGCAUUUCCCCUGAAAGAGUACCUCAUGAAGCCCUAUCCGAACCGCAGGCUAGCUGUAAAGGAACGCAUCUUCAACUACAGGCUGUCGCGGGCUCGGAGGGUGGUAGAAAAUGCCUUUGGCAUCCUAGCCAACCGUUUUCGGGUCUUCCUAACCACCAUAAACAUUCAAGACACUGCCAAAGUGGAGGCCAUUGUUUUGGCUGGCUGUGCUCUGCACAACUUCCUGCGCACAGAGAGCUGUAGCGCAUACAUGGCGGGAGUUGUUGACCAGGAAGGACCCGAUCAUGAAACUGUCCCAGGAACUUUGUGA